UACAGUGUACUAGUAGUACCCAUUCGUUUGCAGCAGGAAUAGAAGCAGUGUGCUGCUGUGUGUGAAUCAGUCAUAAAUUGUAGAUUUCGCAUGUCGUGGAGCACCAUUAUUAUCCAGUGACAAAUCCAAUUAUAGGGAUUCAGUAUAGCGUUGGGGCCGCACGCACUCCAUAUGGCAAAAACUGAGCGUCUGGUUUGUCACUACGAAGUCCAGGCAUUCACUAUGCUUGAGAAGGCAGCAGUUUUGACGUUUCCACAUUGACAUCAUUUUCAAAUUCACUUUGCCAUGGUCAAGUUCCUCGCCCUCGCUGCUGUCGCCGCCUCCGCGGUCGCCCAAACCGAAAUCGUCAACGGUACCGUGGUGCCCAUUGGCAAGUACACUUACGUGACUGGUCUCCGCCGCACCGAAACCGGACCUUCGAGCUGCGGCGCGUCGUUGGUGGCCCCCAAGAUCCUGGUCACGGCGGCCCACUGCUCGUCGACUGCGUGGGCCACGUUCGCGUCUGUCGGGUCGCACUACGCCAACGGCACCAUCGACGGCGAGCGCAUCAAGAUCGUCAAGCGCACCCAGCACCCCAAGUACAACAAGGCCUCGCGUUACGACUACGACAUUGCCGUGUUCGAAUUGGAAACCGCGUCCAAGUUCCCCCCCGUCAAGCUCAACUGGGACGAAGACCAGUUCUCCGCCCCGGGCGUCGUGUCGUGGGUGCGCGGGUUUGGCCAUACCUCGUCCGGCGGGGUGGGUUCUCCCGUGCUGUUGGAAACCGACGUAGCCAUCUGGGAAAACUCCAAGUGCCACGACGCGCUCAAGAAGUACAACUACAACGUCACGUCUUCCAUGAUCUGUGCCGGCGGGGGGUUCAAAGACACGUGCCAAGGCGACUCGGGUGGACCGUUGACCAUCACGCGCAACGGCGUCGAGUACUUGGCCGGUGUGACCAGCUGGGGCAUUGGCUGCGCGCGCCCGGACCACCCCGGAGUGUACGCCCGUAUCUCGGAAGCCCGGGACUUCAUCGAACCGUUCUUGCCCAAGCCUGCUUGCUAAGUCGGAUUUGCGAAAUGCAUGCAUGUAGGAGUACGAGGCUGUGAUAGGCUGUCGUGUGAGCCAACCAACAAUAAUACACCGUUUUUCUUUACACAAGA